AUGGACCAGUUGCAGCCGAUAUUCCCCGCGAUCCCCGCGCCCGUGCUUGAGCAAGUGCUCCGCAUCUACGACCAUAACCUCGAGGCGGCGACCGACUACCUCCUCGAGAACAACUGGGAAGAGCUCCAGAUGCACAACAACACGCGUGGCGCCGACCCGCAUGCGAACGGCCACGAUGGAGCUGGCCAUGGGCAUGUCGAAGAUGACCUCGACGACGAUGAAGGCGACGAAGGCGAAGGCGACGACAACGACAACGACGACGACGAAGACGAUGAGGAUGAAGACGACGAGGACGACGACCACAUGUACUACGAGUCGGGCGACGACGGCGAGGCCGGCUUUCGCCAUCGCCAGAUCCCGCCAUUGGCGAAGCGCGUCAAGAUCACAACGUCGGCCGAUGGGUCCAGCACCGAGCGCUUCUGGGUCGCGUGCGACUCGGACACUGUCGAAAAGUCCAUGAUUGGUAGGAUGAGCUGCUUAACAUUUUCAUUGAGCAAGGUUGCCCAUCAACGCAUCGUGCUCCUCAACCAAAACACCCGCGUCAUCGACAAGGCCAACGCCGAAUUGCAGCUGCAUGCACCACAGCCCACCGAAGCGACCACCGCGUCGUUGAAGCGCAAGCUGCCCGCAACCGAGCCCGAGACGGGCCACGUGUACUUCUUUCCGAUUGCCGACUUGGACAUGGUGUGGCGCUCCGUCUUGCACGCGCACGUCUUUAACAAGCGCUUUGGCGACGUGAUCGAGUUCCACACCGCGUCGCCAGGCCCGAUGGGCACCAAGGCCUUUGACGAGCUCUUCCAUAUCCACACGCACCAGCCGCGCUCGACUGUGACGGCGUUUGGCGCGUCCCAGCCGCAGCUCAAGUGCUGCUUGGUGCUGCCGUGCGCGACGACCGACGACGAGAUCAACCGCGUCGGGAAAAACGUGUUUAGCCUCCUCAACCUCACAGGCAGCCUCUACUUUCGGUCGUCGUCCAAGACGCUUGGGGACGAUGGUGGCAAACUCACGGAAGAUGUCUUUCGACGCUACACGACCCACCGCUUGGUGCGCCACGAAGAGGCGCCAACCGAGACGGGCCUGCACACUGCUGCGAACGGCAUCCUCGGGUACCAGCCGCCGAAAAAGAUUGUGUUCACCCUCGAGCGCCUCGAUGCCAACAAGCGUGCCAGGAUGCUGAGCGACGACGAGUAG